AUGGCAUCUGGGGCCUUGAGUCGAUCAAACAGGUUUCUCGGAGGCGCCCAUUCUCGGCAAGCGCUGCGACGGUCACAUUCCACGCGCAAUGCCUGGGCUUGGCGAGGUCGUGGAAGAUCUCCAGGGCGUGCUCCGGGGACUGCCGCAUUUCCCAUACAUGCGGAUGAGCUGCGAGACGAGGCGAUCGGCCUUGUUCUAGCGAUGUGGGCGUGUUCUAGGAUCGCAGUGGCCAGAUUCUUGGAAUCGCUGCAAGACCGAAUCGCAGCAGGAAAUCCAGAUCAUCGGCAUCUGGAGUGGAAGCGGCCGUGGCAUGGACCGACACCACUAGAGGCAAGAUUUGCAUCCCAUCGCAACAUCAAACCACGGAGUGGAAGAUGGAAAGAGGCCAUUUUUAACAAGAGUGUCAAGGAUGCGGUGGAAGAGGAGCAGCAAGAGAAAAGCCCGGCAAAUGUGAGCAAGUACGCAAGCCUCAUUAGAAGCUGCACGGCCACGAAAAAUCUAAGCGACGGGCGACGCCUCCACCAUCACAUAGCAUCGCACCCCAACUCCAAGUACAGAAAGGACCGAUUCCUGGGGAAUUUGCUCGUGAACAUGUACGGCAAGUGUGGCUGCGUCGACGAGGCUCGCGCGGUGUUUGACGCUAUUGCCCAUCCGAAUGUGUUCUCGUGGAACAUGAUUCUUGCAGCAUACGCCUUGAACGGGCAUUUGGACAAAGCAAAAUCCACGUUUGAAAAAAUGCCUGAGAAAGAUGCAGCCUCGUGGACGUGCAUGAUAGCUGCAUAUGGUCAGGUGCGCAAACUUUUUGAGGCUAGAGAAUUGUUUGAUUCUAUGCAAAAUCCCAGCGUGGUUCCUUGGAACGCUAUCAUCUCUGCAUAUGCCCAUGCAGGGCAUCAACACGAGGCAGUGGCACUCUUCAGAAAAAUGGACCUCGCUGGCACCACGCCAAACGAGAUCACCUUUGUCACGGUUCUGGAUGCUUGCGCGGCAUGCAACGCUCUUUCGGCAGGCAAAACAAUCCAUACCCACAUCGAAUCCACGCUCGGGAGCGGCCAAGUGAUGGACGUGGUGCUUGCGACGGCGCUGGUGAGCAUGUAUGGAAAGUGUGGCGGGCUGGUGGAAGCUCGGAAGGUGUUUGAUCGCAUGGAGCCCUCGCGACGAAACGUCGUGUGUUGGACGUCCAUGCUUGCAGCACACGCAGGGAGCGGGGAUCUGGACGAGGCGACGAGGCUCUUCGAAGCAAUGCCGGUGAGGAACACCGUCUCCUGGAAUGCGAUGAUCUCGGCGUGCGUCCAGAACAAGGAGCUUGCUUGUGGUUUGAUUGUUUUCAAUCGGAUGGACAUGGAAGGGAUCCAGGCCGACGAGAUCAGCUUUCUUUCGGCUCUCGACGCCUGCGCUGGAUUGCCGGCUGUCUCGCAAGGCCAGAUGCUCCACGCGGAGCUUCUCGCGAUGGCGAUCGAUGGUCGCACCAUGCUGGACGACGUCCGGAUCUCCACUGCUUUGGUCCACUUCUACGCGAAGAUUGGGCUUCUUGGCGAGGCGAGACGCGUCUUCGACAAGGGACCCAGGAAUGCCGUGUCCUGGAACGCCAUGGUCUCAGCGUACGCGGGCGGCGGCCAUGGCGCUCGAGCUGUGGAAACGCUGCGAGGCAUGGAGCUCGAGGGGUUCUCACCGGACCAGGCAACCUUUGUAGCGCUACUCUCGGCUUGUAGCCACGCGGGGCUGCUGGGCGAUGGAUUGAGCUACUUUGCUCGUGCCAGGCACGACUUUGGGCUGGUGGCAAAUCGGGAUCACUAUGUUUGUCUGGUGGAUCUCUUGGGACGAGCUUCGUGGGUGGAGGAGGCAGAAGAACUGCUCGGAUCCAUGCCUUUCGAGGCCCAUUCCGUGGCCUGGAUGACGCUGCUCGGCUGUAGCAAACUCCAGCGUGAUUUUGGACGUGCCUCUCGAGCUGCUGCAAAUGCGUGGAAUAUGGAGCCUGGGAAUGCCGCUCCCUACGUGCUGCUCAACACUACGUAA